GAAGAGUACGUGGGAAAAGCCAAAAAUUACAUAACUAUACGAGUAGCGGGUAUAAAAACAUAUAUUUUACCAUGGCAAAGAAAUGCACGUGAAAGGUCAAACAGGGAAAGGCAUAUAUCGAUACUAUUGAUAAUAUUAUGUGUUUGAAUAAACUCGGCUUAUCUCUCUCUCUCUUUAUAAAGAGUGUUUAUCGAUUUCGACGUCAACAGAAUGUGCGUCAAAUUAGCGUCGGUGAGUUAGCGUCAAUGGCGGAACGGUGGAAUUUUCAAACUUGGGAAGGUUUUUUAUUCAUUUAUUUAUUUUUUCUUUAUUUAUAAGUGAAUUGUAAAAAAUAAAAAUGCAAGGAUGUUAAAAAAAAGCUCUACCCAUCUAUGUACGGCUUAAAUUUAUAGGACUCAAAAAAAUUAAAAAUUAUAAUUAAAAUUAAAUUAAAAAAUUGCCGUAAGAUUUUAUGGAAAUGCAAUCGGAGCAUAGAAGUCUGGCCGUCACCUCAAAAGUAUUAAAUUGAAAUAGGAAAUUGUAUUUAUAGCCAUAUACUUCUUAAGCUAUUUUUAGACCAAAUAAAUACAUAUGAAAAAUGAGCUUUUCAUUUCCGAAUUUCUUAAAAUUGGUGAUCGUAAUAAUAGUGAUAAUUUAACGCACUCCACUCUUAGAAGAAUCAAAUUUUUCGCAAUGAAUUGGCGGAGUUUUAUUGUUACUUUAUUAGUGUGGUCAAUACAAGUUCUUCAAUUAAAUGGCACUGGAAUUAAAAACCUAAGCAGAACAAGAGACUCUUUUAGAGCAGUACAAGUACCCAAACAGUUUUAUGAUGCUAUCGAAAAAGCAGAUUUUAGUAAACAUAGUUUACAAAAUAAAUUAGAGCAUUUCCUGGAAAAACUUCAAAAAAACUUUACCAUAUCGGCUGUAUUGAGUGACUCCGAAGAUAUUAUCACAAGUGAAAGAAACUAUGUCUACAAGAUACGAGAGCUAUCAACCUUCUUUUAUGAAGCUUCUUUUUCUUUCCAACAAUUUUCUUCUGAUAUCAAAACUUUUUAUGAAACAUCAAAAAAUGCAAGCUACGCACUUUUGUUUAAACUACGUCAAGUCCCAACAGGCCAACCAACUCUAGUAAAGAAUCAGUCCUCUCAGAUUUUUAAAUGCGCUACUUUGGAUAAUCUUAAUAUAAUAUACGAUGUGUAUUCUGUAACGAAGCUUAACAUAAAAUACAUAGUAAGGCAACUUGAGUUUCGCAUCCAACGAUUAUUCAAUUGUUUAAUGUAUAACAGCCUUAACCUACAAUGUAAGCUUCUUAAAAGCGCAGAACAAGAUCUUAAAACCUUAUUUAGAAAUCUCGCAGAGCUGGACAUGUUCAUCGAUAUAAAAACUAAAAAAGGCAGAGCAGCGGCAUUAAGAUUUCGCCGAGGAAAUACAUGGAACAACAAUCAAAUUAAAUUGGAACCGAACCCGAACUACUGUCUUCCAAUUGGCUUUCCAAAUACUCAAAUGUCAACAGAAUUAAAAGAAUGUUUUUACUUUUUAGAUAACAUAGUGUAACUGCAGUAAAUAUUAAAAUAAAUAAAAUUUUUUAAGUUAUGUUUUAAUA